GGGCGCUGUCCGGGUUUGGCGGUGUCCCGGUGUGGCGGUGUCGGUGCGGGAUGGACCCGCCGGCCAAGGAGGGGCAGCUGCUCGUCCAGCGCAGCCACAAGUUCGGCACCAAGCGCUGGAAGCGGAGCUGGCUGGCGCUGUACCGGGGCAGCGCGCACGGCGUGGCGCGCCUGGAGCUCUUCGAGGGGAAGGAGGCGGCGGGGCCGGCGCGGGCGGGACGGACCGUGGUGCGGCUCUCGGACUGCACCGGCGUGGGACCGGCCACCGAGCCCGGGCCCCGACCCGGCACCGCCGCCUUCCGCCUGCACACCCGGCACCGCACGUUCCUGUUGGCCGCCGAGCCCGGGCAGUGCCAGGAGUGGGUGGACAAACUCCGCGAGAUCGCCUUUCCGGGGAACAGCCCCAGCGAUGCUGGUGUGGCAGCCCAGCAUGGUAGAGAGGGCAGCGGGGAUGCACCAGCCCUGGAAAUGGCUGUGAACUCCAUCUACUACUCGCGAGAUGAAGUGAAUGCCUUCUGGGUGACAGUGCAACGGACUGAGGCCGCAGAGCGAUGCGAGCUGCAUGGUACCUAUGUGCUCAAGGCUGAGCGUGACAGCCUCGUCCUGAAGGACCCACGGACAAACGAGAUCCUCUACGUCUGGCCCUACCGGCUGCUCCGGAGAUAUGGCCGGGACAAGGUGAUGUUCUCCUUCGAAGCUGGCAGGCGCUGCGACUCGGGCCCAGGAAACUUCACCUUUGAGACCAAGCAGGGCAACGAAAUCUUCCGCCUUGUGGAAGCCUCUAUCCAAGAGCAGAAAGCACAGGUGGAGGAGAACCGGCAAAGCUGUAACUCGCUUGAUUUGGACAGCCCUGGGGUGGUGCUGAUCCGUCAGGCCCUGGCCGACUCCCUGAGCCUGGAGCUGCCUGCAGAGGGGGAUGACAGCCUGGCACCCAAAGCGGGGCUGGCGCCCAGGCCCAGUGCAACAGAGGAGAGAGACGUGACGUCUCUGCUGAAGACCCGGACUCUGCCGGAGCUCCCUGUGCCACAGCUGCCAAGCACACCCCCAUGCUCCCCUCUGCCGAAGGUGACCCGCGCUGUGCUGCCAGCCGAGGAUCCUUCCAGCGUGUACUCGGAGCCUCUGGACUCGGUGAAGGGCCGCCAGCCCUGGCCGGACCCGCUGUACUCGGACCCCAUCGACAGCAAGCCCAUCAGUGGGGCCAAGGGGCUCAGCGGCGCCUCAGAUGAGAUGAAGGUGCAGCUGCUGGCGCCGCUGUACUUGGGCACAUACGAACAGGUCCGCGUUGAGGGACGCAGCCCAGCCCUCACGGUGCCCGGGAAGGGGGAGCACAUCUACGAUGAGCCUGAGGGUCGUGCUCCAUGCUCACUGCCCCCUGCCACCUCCAUCUAUGAUGAAGCGCGGCCCACAGGGGAGGCCUGGCGCACUCAGGGCCAUGACGGCAGCCACGGCUACGAGUAUCCCUACAACCCCAGCAGUGACGACUACUCGGUACCCGCCUUCCAGGCCAAGGCCAAGGGCCCCAAGCCAGUGCCAGCCCCCAAGCCCCAGGCGGUCUUUAUCCCAAAAGGCAGCGAGAAGAGCGGGGACACUGGCAGGCGGCGGGGGAAUGCUGCUUCUGAGAAGGCAGCUGUCAAACCCAACCCCAACAGCAGCAAUAACAACAAUGUGGAGGUGCUGUACAGCCAGGUGGUGAAGCCCCAGCACGCGCAGAAGAAGGAGCAGUCUGUGGAUGAGUGCAGCUUAUCGCCUGUCUACGAGGACUUAGGAGAGAUCUAGCACACUGGCUCUGUGCCUGCCUGGGAGAGACUGGGGGCCCAGCGGCAUUCAGGACCAGUGCAGGCUGCUGUCCUCCAUGGAUCCAGGGGGUGGCUUGGGGCUGGGGACUGUUCUGGCUCAGGCAGAGCUCCUCUUGCUCAGCAAUGCUGAGAAGCUGCUUUUCCCUGGUUUGGCCCUUUCCGCUGUGAGAGUACGAGAGCUGUGCCUGGUGCAGGUGCCAGGGUGCCGUUCCUGCUCCCUUGGCACCUCCUGGCCGCGUUGCCCUGCACCUGCUGCUCUGGCUCUGCUCUGGCUCCUUCUCCAACCACAGUGCCCACCAAAGUACAUGG